GCUAUAACAAGGAUCUCUUGGUCGCCCUUGCUAUGAAGAGGUUCCCGAACAUUUGGAAUAACGAUGCGUUCACAAUUAGGGACAUGUUUGGCACUGACUUGGACGUGGCCCAACUGAAGAUAAUAUCGGAUGCCCUCUACACAAAGGACCCGAAGAAGACAGUGACGCUCAUUCGGGAGGGAGUCUUCGCGGUGGAUCGGGACCCCAGGAACGAUCGUGGUGACGAGGGCUCCAUCGACGAUAGGGCAGCGUCUGUGUGGAAGCACGGCAUCAUGGAGGUUCGGGCGCCGCCUACUCUCAUUGAGCCGCCAGAAGGAGAUGACACCGCAGUGGGGGAGCGCUUCAUGGCGCUGGACUGGGCCACCCUCAUUGAAGGGGCUAAGCAAUGCUAUGCCCGCCCUGACUUCAACACGAACAAGAUGUUGGUGGAGUCGCUCUCUAAGCCCAUAAUGGGCUGCAGGCUUCUCUUCAAGGUAUGCAGGUCCACUCGCGAUGUCGUGGCGCGCUACAAGGUGGAGAACCCUGGUGCGACUGUUGCUUCUGUGGGUGGCCAGAACAAGUACAACGUCGCUAGAUUUAAGGUUGCCGAGAAGAUCCACCCUGGUCGCUGGCCGAACCCCACGGCGCUGACCACUAUGAUCAGUUUCUUCGACGAGUCCAAGAAAUACACGGUCGACGCGGCCGCGAAGGUCAGCGUGUGGGAUGACUUCGUAUCUUUCUCCCAGAAGCGCGUCGAAUUCAAGCACCCUUUUGCCCAGCAGCAUUCCGAAGUGUUCGGCGUAGUGAAGCUAGUUUUCUCGAGGCUCAAGCAUGACCACCCCGACAUGAUCACGAGCGUGCUGGCAUUCGGUGCUGUCCAGCAGCAGCAAGCAGUUCCCGACAUGGGCGCGCCCAGCUUCCAGUUCGACGCCGACGAGGCCGACUGCGACGCGCUUGACCAUUGGAAGCACACCGUUGACAGAUUGGUGAGUAUCGACAGCCGCCAGGAGGACGGCAUCCGCAGCAUGAUGUCCAUCGGCCUUUACAUGAUCAUGGCCAACACGACGUCAGUCGAGCUCCUAGUUGAUGGAAAGGUCAAGAAGGUUAAAGGUUGGACUGAGCUUGUUCGAUUGGCCAAACUCCACGUAUACAAGAUGGCCAAGUUGGCACCUCGCGUGUCAGACCCAGACUUGGUCGAUGGCGGCGACGCGGUGGACGGCAACACGGCGAUCGCCGACCGCGGGUGGGACAUGGACCGCGCGUCUGAGUUCUUCGAGGCGGAGCCGGGCACUGCGUCCAAGAUCGUUGAGUUCUUCGCGGCGAACAUGGACGCGGCUACAGGAACUGCUGGCGACCUGCCCACAAAUCAGAAGGAGGCAACUGUGUAUUUCAUGACGGCCUCGGCCAAGUGUAUCGAGGACGUUGUCCCUGAUGCGUGGAUUCGCGUGGCCGUCGUUUUCGGAGAGAUCAAGACCGCCCUUGGAAGCAAGCUGGUCAUCCCGAGGAACAGCCCCUGGGAAAAAAUGUCCGAUGGAACUGAAGUCGCGUUGAAGUGCGUGAAGUUCGGCUCCCUCAUGCACGUGGCGACGUGCAUCGGGCACCAGUCGUGCAUAAUCUCGCCGCCGAGCCCGAAGGUGACCCUCGAGCUGUUCGCCGACGGCCGCUCUUUCGUUGACAUCGCAAAAAUGUUCGGGCAAGUCGUCCAUUCGCUGUGCGACCACAUCCAGCUUCACGACGCCAACGGCUACGAGGCCUCGAAGGCGGAGCUCUUGAAGUCAUUGCACUCCGCGUCCCGAGAUGAGGCCAUCGCCAUCGUGAAGGCGACGCGCGGCUUGGACAACAUUGACCUCCCUGCCAACUUCAUCACGUUCAGGAACGACUUCGUUCGCAAGGCCGAACAGCUUUACGAUGCCAGCCACCAGGAGAUCAUCUUGACUAGGGCACUGCUUGGACCUGAGUGCGGCGCUGUUGUGUUGGAGAAGUUGGCGGGCCACGUCGAGACGGAGAGGCAGCGGGCGGCGGCGGUUGCUGUCAAGGGCCCCGCCCAUGCAGCCAGCGCAGCUGGCGGCGAUGGCAAAUGUCUGCCAGGAACACCCCCUCUUACGCUCAAAGCUUCGAUGCUGAAAGCGAUCGAUACGGAACUCAAGGACGCCGACGUUGCCAAGAACAUCGUGUGCGCGCACGCUCGGGAGAUCAUGGGGAAGCUGCAGGUCGCCAUCAAUGAGAACAUGACGAGCAUCCCUUACAAGGACGACAUGUACGACAAUAUCAGCAUCACCGUGGAGGAGAAGUCGACGAAGGGCGGUGCCAUGGCAAGUGUCGCUUUCGAGAGCGCGCCACCUCAGAAGUCCAACUCGGAGGUGAUGUAUUACUGGGGCAGGGUGGUGGACGACAGGGAUGUGAAGAAUCUGAAGAAAGAGCUCGCGAUGCCCCUCGGCAACGGGAUCGUCGGCUCAAAGGGCACGCGCGGCCCCGAGCUCUACCUCGACGGCACGAAGUUCAUGAACCACUUGAGGUCCGAUUUCUGCUGCCCCUGGCUCAUCGUUCCGACGGCACCUCCAAAGAACGUCACUCCGACCGCAAAAGACACGGACGACACCCUUGAGCGGAAGAGGGCAGCCGCUGCCGCGGCUGUGCCGUUGCCGACUCACGAGGUCAACUACAAGGAGAUCCAGAUCACUGCCAAGGACCAUGCUGGCAUCCAGCGCACGUACCACUACACCAUUCCCUUCCUGAAGACGCUGGAAGACGUCACGCCCCUGAUGAAAUGCACCCGCAAGCGCAUGGCCGACUGGGACGACUCGAAGUUCUCCAAGGCUCCGCGGAAGGAUCCGCAG